GCCGGCAGGGCUCAACGCUACCUGCAGUAAUGGAGGGGGUGACGGUGGGGCAGGUGUUCGAUGCUGAAUGUAUCCUCAGCAAACGGCAGAGGAAGGGAAAGUUCGAGUAUCUGGUGAAAUGGAGCGGCUGGUCCUCCAAGCACAACAGCUGGGAGCCCGAGGAGAACAUUCUGGACCCCAGGCUGCUGGCCGCGUUUCACAAGAGGGAACAGGAGCGGGAGCUUCUGUUUCAGAAGAAAGGCAAACGCCCGCGAGGACGGCCCAGAAAGAUUCUGCUGCCGCCUUCGGUCAUGAAAGACGGCCGCUCCUCCUCGUCCUCCGGCCUCUCCUCCUCCCCCUCCCCCUCUUCCUCUGAGGAGGAGGGGGAGGAGGAGGAGGAGUACGAUGAAGAACACGUGAAGAAGGCCAAGCCAGGCCCUCGUCUUCACCCGGUACCCCAGAAGAGGCCCCAGAUUCUGGUGGCCAAACCCGACCCGCCCCGGAAGAAGAAGCGAGGGAGGAAGCCGCUUCACCCGGACCUGAAGGCUCUGCGUCCUCCUCUUCCUCCUCCUCCUCCUCCUCCUCGCCACCAUCAGCCAAUCAGAUCGCUCAGAGAGGAGCCGCGGCCCGGUGUCAAGAAGCCGCUGCAGCCGGCCAGCUUCACCUACGCCGGGCUGAACCGGACCUCCAGAGACCAGGGGACCUCCUCCUCCCACAGCUCCUUCUGUCAGAGCUCCGCCUCCAAACCCGGAGCCCUGAGCUGCAUGUGGACCGGCCGGUCCCUGUCCGCCUCCUCGUCCUCUCACAAGACCGGUCCGUCCCAGAAGAACUCUGAGCUCAGGCGCUCCGUUUCAGAAACAGGAAGUGGCUUUAAAGCUUGUCAUCUGAGACCGGGCGGCACCGUGGCUCCGCUCGGGCUCCACAGCAGCUUUGGGGGAGGUCCGACGGCGCCGCAGCGCCCCCAGCUGGGUCAGAGGAGGCAGGAAGGUCCAGGAUGUCCGCAGAACUCCACUUUCUCCAAACGGUCUGCGUCCUCCCCGACUGCUCGGGACCGGGCCAGCAAGGCGCUGAGUCUCCGGGCCCUGAACCUGCAGAGCGUCGGCAGCAGCCUGGGGGGGAACCUGGGCCCGCGGGGCGCCGGCACCGGAAAAAGACCAGCAGCUGGGGGGCAGCGCUGUACUCUGAUGGCGGGCGGCGCCGCAGAACCUGGGCGGGGCAGGGAGGCAGGAAGCAGACAGGAGGAGCGGCGCCGCGGGCCGAGCGCUCAGAACCGCAGCCUGAACGAGCUCAGCACCGGAGACUCUGACGAGACCAGCAGCAGCGGGUCGGAACACGACGCCGCCAUGUUCCCCGACAACAGCAGGCCGAGCCUCGGAACCAGCGCCUCGGACACGGAGACGGACUGGAGGCCGGCCCGGAGCCUCCUGGAGCACGUCUUCGUCACGGACGUCACGGCGAACUUCAUCACGGUGACGGUGAAGGAGUCUCCCACCAGCGUGGGCUUCUUCAGCUCACGGAACCACUGAAACUGGACCUGCAAGGCUUCUGUAGCUGCUCAGGGACCAGGACUUCCAGAGCAUCUGGAACUGGUUCCUGCAGCACCAAUUACUUUGCCUGUGAAGAACAUGCAGACGUUCCAUCACAGACCAGAAGGAACCCAUUUACACUGGGACUCAGAACCAGCUGAUACGGGUCAAAGGAUCCAGAACCAGUCUGUGUCCCUCACAGGCCGGGCCGGUUUAAGAGGUCUCCUGAUAUUUUUCAAUUCUUGCAGUUCUACUAAUUAUGAGGAAACUGGGUCAGAACUCCAGAACCUCACCAUGUUUACAGAACUGAACCACUUCUCCCUUCCUUCUACUUCAAAUGGCCCCGCCCCUUUUUGUAUUUAAAAACAAAUGUGAGAACUGUUACCAGAAAUGUAGCGUCUGCCCUGCCAACACACACACACGCACACACACACACACACACACACAGAGCUCAGACCAGCCUCUGUCUGUAGUAAACGUUACAGGCGCUCGGUCUGAGCACAGCUGCUUCACCUCUACUACAUUCUUUACCAACUCCUCCUUCAGGACCACCUCUACUCCAUGUCUCUUUCU